CAUGCAGCCGGACAGCUACUACCACAACUGGGACAACUCUGAGCAGGUGGAACUGACAGUGCAGGGAGCGAGCAAAGUACCUUGGAGAGGCGGUAAAGCUCUUUGCCUCUCCAGCUUCACCCAAGGGAAGGCCAAUGUGAUCCUGUAUGUCCUGCUGGCGAUUUGCAUUACAGUGGCCACAGCUCUCAUCAUGGUGAACUUUGGGAAAUUGUCCAAGGGUCUUGUCGAAGCCCAGGUGGAUAGAGAUACUAUAAGAAGAGAUGCCAAGAGAAAUCUGUCACAUCACCAGGACUAUCUAGAAUUGAAGAUGUCCAAAGAAUUCAAUGUGUUUAACAGUCGACUUCUUAAUGUGUCCAAGGAGCUGGCUGGGGUUAGGCUGGAGAUCGAGGAGAUCCCAGGUGAUCACAUAAAAGACCAAUCACAUCUCCAGGAUGCCAUAGAGAUAAGGAACCUAACACACAGCACAUCGAAGGAGCUGGCUGAGGUGAGAAGGGACCAUGACAGACUCCAGGAAGUCUUGAGCAGGGUGCAGGAGGAGUUACGGGACAUCACAGAGAUAAAGAACCAAACGCAUAGCAUGUUGAAGGAGCUGGCUGAGGUGAGAAGGGACCAUGACAGACUCCAGGAGGUCUUGAGCAGGGUGCAGGAUGAGUUACGGAACAUCACAGAAGUCAUCUGCACAAAAUGUCCACCUGGCUGGCAGCAUUUUGAGAAAAAAUGCUACUUCUUUUCAACAUCGACUAAUUCCUGGUUGGAUGCUAAGCAGUUCUGUACCAAUGAAGGCUCUCACCUGGUUAUUGUUAACACCAAACAGGAACAGAUCUUUUUGUCUAGCCAAAUCACUGAGCCUGACGUGUACUGGUUGGGCCUCAGCGACUCAGCAAACGAAGGGGAGUGGCGCUGGCUGGAUGGCAGCCCCCUGUCUCUCAGGUUCUGGGGGCCCGGAGAACCCAACAAUGUUGGACAUCAAGGGGAGGACUGUGCCAGCCUCCGCUUCAACGGGAAGUGGAACGAUGCCGUCUGCUCCUUGACUGAGCACUGGAUCUGCGAACGGCAGUGCUAGCUGAGUCCCCGCAUCCACAGCGGGGAGGGCAGGUGUCACACAGCCUGCCCCACGUGGGACUGCUCCGGAGCGUUCAUCUCUCUAAAUCAGUGAUUCUCAGACUACCGCUCGCGAGCUGAAAGAGGCUUUUUAAUGACUCACCUGCAGCUAUUAGCAGCACAUGCUAUUAAAACACUGUGAUUUAAUUAUUAACCAUCCUAAGUUAUUAACCAGUCUGGAUGCUUUUACUAUGUUAUUAACCCAUUAAGUUAUCAGCUUGCAGUAAGCUACUAACUUAUUUGCUGUGAGAAUAAUAGAUAUAGAUAAACUAAA